CCCCGAUCCGCUUAGGGGGACGUCCCUUGGUCCGGUCUGGUGACAACCCCUGUUCCGCCGUGCUCCGAGGAUUGACUCCUAGAGACUCAUGUUACCUGAGGAAGAAGCCCCGAAGAGGAGGAAGAGGGAAGACAAAGUGUCACGAAUGGCUCUUACUCAGGGACAGUUGACAUUCAGGGACGUGGCCAUAGAUUUCUCUCAGGAGGAGUGGAAAUGCCUGGACCCUGCUCAGAGGGCUUUGUACAGGGACGUGAUGCUGGAGAACUACAAGAACCUGGUUUCCCUGGAUAUCUGUGCUAAAAUUGGGAUCAAAGAAUUUUUACCAGAAGACACACACCACUCGCCUCUGCACAGGUCGCACACAGGCCGUGGAUCCCUCUGUGCGGGUGGGGUGUGGGAGACCAGGACCCCCGCUCCACCUGCGAUGCAAGGCGCCGGCUGCCAGCACCCGCAGAGCCUGGGAUGGGGCGAGAGACUUCGCGGGGGGCUGCGGGGGUCGCAGAGCAGACGCUACAGGGUCUUACUCGCGCUCUGCGUGGCCAGCUUGUGCCUCAUCUCCUUCCUGCACUUCAAGGGCCUGUCCUCGGUCCCCUUCCCCUGGAAAGGGGCCUCGCUCUGCGCUGACCUGAUGUCCUGCGUGCUCUGGGACCGCGCCCCCGUCACGCCUGCGGCCGGCAGCCAGCAGGCCAUCCCGCUGUACUUCCGCUCGCCCCUGCUGCCCCCGGCGCCCCGCAGGGCCAAGGAGCUGCAUCGGGCGGACUUCGUGUUGCCGGAGGUCACCAACAAGUACUUCGUGCGCUCCCAAGCGGGGGGCGUCUGCUUCAGGCCCGGCACCAGGAUGCUGGAGCCCGAAGGGGCCGAAGCCCACCCUGCCGCGCCGCGGAGCACUCCGGAGCCAGCGGGCAGCUGCGCGUGCCUGGCCGGCUGGCACGGGCCCAGCUGCGGCGUGCCCGCCAUGGUGCACUACUCCAACCUGCCCACCAAGCAGCAGCUGGCGCCCCGGGCCGUGCCGCGCCGCGUCAUCAACGCCCUCAACGUCAACCACGAGUUCGACCUGCUGCACGUGCGCUUCCACGAGCUGGGCGACGUGGUGGACGCCUUCGUGGUGUGCGAGUCCAACUUCACGGCCCACGGCGAGCCGCGGCCGCUCAGGUUCCGCGAGAUGCUCACCAACGGCACCUACGCCUACAUCCGCCACAAGGUGCUCUACGUCUUCCUGGACCACUUCCCGCCCGGCGGCCGAAUGGAUGGCUGGGUCGCCGACAACUACCUGCGCACCUUCCUCACGCGGGACGGCGUGGCGCGCCUGCGCAACGUGCGGCCUGACGACGUGUUCAUCCUGGACGACGCGGACGAGAUCCCCGCGCGCGACGGCGUGCUCUUCCUCAAGCUCUACGAUGGCUGGCCCGAGCCCUUCGCCUUCCACUUGCGCAAGUCGCUCUACGGCUUCUUCUGGAAGCAGCCGGGCAGCCUGGAGGUGGUGUCGGGCUGCACGGUGGACAUGCUGCGGGCCGUGUACCGGCUGGACGGCAUCCACCUGCGCCGCCACCGGUACUACCACAUGCCCGACUUCCUCGCCUACGAGAACCGCACCGGCCACACCCUGGUGCAGUGGGCGCUCGGCAGCCCGCUGCACUUCGCCGGCUGGCACUGCUCCUGGUGCUUCACGCCCGAGGGCAUCUACUUCAAGCUCGUGUCGGCGCAGAACGGCGACUUCCCGCGCUGGGGCAACUUCGAGGACAAGCGCGACCUCAACUACAUCCGCAGCUUGGUCCGUACCGGGGGCUGGUUCGAUGGCUCGCAGCGGAAGUACCCACCCGCCGACCCCAGCGAGCACAUGUAUGCCCCCAAGUACCUGCUCAGGAACUAUGACCAGUUCCGCUACCUGCUCGACAACCCCUACCUGGAGCCCCAGAGCUUGGGGGCAGGUGGCCAGCAGAGCUCGGUCCCGACCCCAGGUCACUCGCUGCCCGGGGCGGAUUGGACUCCCCAGCGGACAAAGGCUGUGUGAGCUUCCAGCACCCACCCAUGGCAGGGUAGGGGUAGGAGCUGCCCGGAUGUUAUCUUCCUGCACCCUCCUGGCCGCUAGAUGGGUCCUGAGAGAUGGUAGGGGAGAGCUUCUGUCUGAUCACUUGUCAAUCAAGGGUCAGGCUUUUUCCUUCAAAAAGAACAACAACAACAAAAAAAAAUCCUUCCUGUAGGAGAGAGAGCAAACUUACCUGUCUAGGCAGCCCUUUUGCCAAUCAAGAGUGCUGAGGCCUCGAGAUGCCCCUAGGGAGUGCAUGGUGGUCACUGGUAGGGGCAGGGUGGGGGCAGGCUCGAGAAGGGAGCCUCCAAGAACUGGAAGAAGUGGGGGCAGCAGCCUGGCUGGGGCAAAGCCCACCAUUCCCAUCCGGGAGCUUCGCACCUGCGGUGGGUGAGGGGGUGUUCCAGGAGGACCCAGGCUGUGAAUAGAUACAUUGGGAUUCAGGAGCAAGAGGAGACAUCCAGGGGGCCAGCUUAACCUAACAGGUUAAGCCUCUGCCUGGGAUACUGGUGUCCCAUUUGGGCACCAGUUCAUGUCCCUGCUGUUCCACCUCUGAUCCAGCUCCCUGCUAAUGACCAGGGAAGGUAGCAGAGGAGGCCCAAGUGCUUGGGGCCUCUGCCACUCCCAUGGGAGACACAGAUGAGGCUCCUGGCUCUUGGCUUUGACUUGGCCAGCCCUGACCAUUACAACCAUUUGAGGAGGGAACCAGUAGAAGGAAGACCUGUGUGUGUGUGUGUGUGUGUCCCUCCCUCUC